UUCUUUCAUUUUUCUGGUAACAAUAAAUAAAUGAAUAAAUAAUUGCCGAAAAUAGUUUUAGGCUUCAGCGAAGCCGUGUUAAAGCUAACAAAUGCAGAUCUCAUGAACCCUCAGCCACGCCGCUCUCUCUUUCUCUCUCUUCGGCUCCGAUCCACUCCACGCCGAUCUUCAUCAGCUUCAAUCAUCGCUCUCUGAUUUCAAUUGCAAUUCAAUUCUCCGCCAAAAUUCAAUUAUGAGUCUCAUGAACUCUCCCACACGGACAGGUGACGGUUGGUGAUGCUAAUUACAUGGACUGGACUGGCGUUAACAACCACUACAGAACUGCUUACAAAGCGGAUGACCAAAAGUCCGUGAUGGAUGUGGCACUCAUUUCAAACAUGGAUCCUGUAAAUAUUGGGCUGGCUUGUUCAGAUAAGCCAGGUCCCGUUACUUCCCUGAAGCCCAGAAAGAAAACAAUGACAUCAGUGUAUUUGAAGUUCUUUGAGACAGCUGUUGAUGGCAAGACUCGCAGAUGCAAGUUUUGUGGACAGAGCUAUUCCAUUGCAACUGCCACAGGCAAUUUGGGAAGGCAUCUUGCUAAUCGCCAUCCAGGUUACGACAAGUCGGGGGACGCUGUCAGCAAUUCAGCUGCAAGGACUAUCACUGUGGUGAAGAAGUCACAGCCUCAAGGAAAAGCAAACCAGGUGGAUUAUGAUCAUCUAAAUUGGUUGCUCGUUAGGUGGCUUGUUCUAGCUGCUCUCCCUCCUUCAAUUCUAGAAGAGAAGUGGCUUGUGAAUUCCUACAAGUUUUUGAAUCCUUCCAUACAUCUCUGGCCAAGUGACAAGUAUAGAACUGUACUUGAUGAAGUCUUCAGAAGCAUGAGGGAAGAUGUAAGGGCAUUGUUGGAACAGGUUUCUUCGAAGUUGUCCAUUACACUUGAUUUCUGGACCUCCUUUGAACAGAUUUACUAUAUGAGUGUGACAUGUCAAUGGAUCGACGAAAACUGGUGCUUCCAGAAGUUGCUUCUUGAUAUCUGUCGAAUACCCUAUCCAUGUGGGAGUACAGAGAUAUAUCGUUCCCUCGUAAAAGUUCUCAAAUUUUACAAUAUUGAAACCAGAAUUCUGUCCUGUACCCACGAUAAUAGUACAAGUGCCAUGCAUGCUUGCCAUACUUUGAAAGAGGACUUAGAUGGCCAGAAAAUAGGGCCUUUUUGUUAUAUUCCCUGUGCUGCUCGAACUUUGAAUGUGAUAAUAGAUGAUGGAUUGAGAUCUGCAAAACAAGUAAUUUCUAAGAUACGGGAGUUUGUAAUAGAGUUAAAUGCCUCACCAGUGAUCUCUGAGGAUUUUAUUCAAAUAUCCACUGCUUAUCAAGAAGGCAUUUGGAAAUUUCCUCUUGAUAUUUCAGCAAGGUGGAGUGGAAACUAUCAAAUGCUUGAUCUUGUUCGAAAGGCAGGUAAAUCAGUGGAUGCUGUUAUUCGAAAAUACGAAGAAAUGCUAGGCAGUAGGAUGCUGCUGGGAUCUUCUGACAAAAGUGUGGUUAGCAUCAUGCAUCAAUAUCUUGAACCAUUCUACAAAACCACAAACAACAUCUGCACAAGUAAGGUGCCAACGGUUGGGCUUGUGCUUUUCUUCAUGGAUCACAUAUCAGAAACCAUUAAUUCCUGCAGAGAAUCGCGUCACAGCCCAGAAUGGCUAAAAAAUGCUGCAGAAGAAAUGGCUAAAAAGGCCAGAAACUACAUCCAUCAGGUUUGCAACAUAUUUACUUACAUGACAGCAAUUCUAGAUCCUCGAAUAAAGGGAGAGCUGAUCCCUGAUAGUUUAAACUCGGAAACCUUUUUGGACGAAGCGAGAUCCCAUUUUAUAAGAAAUUAUUCUACCAGCCAUUUCUCAUCCAUGAGUUCUGGAUACAAUGCUCAAGAGAUUGAAGAAGGAGGAAGUGUUUCCUUUGCAGAGGAAAUUGCACGGAAGAAGCGAAGGACAACCAUGAGCUCUGCUACUGAUGAGCUUACACAGUACCUAUCAGAGGCUCCAGCUCCAAUACCAACAGAUGUUCUAGAGUGGUGGAAGGUCAACAGUACACGCUACCCUCGACUAUCUGUUAUGGCUAGAGAUUUCCUGGCUGUGCAGGCAACUUCAGUUGUGCCUGAAGAACUUUUCUGUGGCAAGGGUGAUGAAAUUGACAAACAACGAAUCUGUAUGCCACAUGACAGCACACAGGCCAUUCUUUGUAUCAAGUCAUGGAUUCAGGUUGGCGUCAAGUUUAAGUUUAAAUCAACUGAGAUAGAUUAUGAGCGGUUGAUGGAAUUGGCAGCUGCAGCCGCUGCAACAGAUAAUAGUCCUGCAAGUUCUGAUAAGAAGCCAAAAUAGUGAUAGAAGAUGGAAACGCUACAGAUUAAUUGAUUAAUUAAUCGGGCUUCAUCACUGUUAGAGUAUAUGUUGACUUUGGCCCGUUGCCACUUCAACUUAGAAGGGGUAAGUAAGUGGUGGGUGUUUUGUUCAUAAAGUACUUCUCGAUGUAUCAUAUAAUCAUAUUAAUAUAUAAUUAUGAUGUACAGUUCUGGAAAUUACUUAACGCAGAGAAAAAUCAAAUAUGCAUCAA